AUGGUGGCGCACCAACUGGAGGAGGGCAGUGAUCGCACAUACCGUCUGUCGGGCACAAAUUGCAACAACAACAACAGCAACCACGCAAAAAUGCGGCACAGUAAACGAACGCUGAAUAACGAAAAUAACAACAACACAACAUGGCUUUUGCUGCUAUGUCUGCUAAUAGCCUCACCUGCCAUCACCAUGGCAGCCAGACGUUCGCGUCUGGAUUUAGCUGCGAGCGCACAACCUGUAGCUCCAGCCGCUGCCGCUGCGGCAGUCUCCUCCACCACAACUAAGGACAGCAAUUUACCUAUUGCAGAGCAACAAACUGCAACAGCAACAUUCGUCGAUGCAGCAGCAGCAGCGGCAGCACCUGUGGCGGCACCAGUUUCACUCAACAUAGGUACAGCAGGAGCCACCACUGCCGCUGAUGCAGCAACCAACGAUGAUGUAAAGCGUCAAUCAGAGGUUUUAGUCAACAACAAACAGCCAGCUGUUGCUACCGAUUUGGGGGGCAGCUCCGAGGCAAAACAUGCCAUUGACAACUCAGCAGUCAGCGAUGCAGAAAGUGAAGAACUAGAUGCAGCAAACUCGGCAGCGGCGGCAGUAGGUGGAACAGCAGCAGAUACGGCGGCAGCAGCGGUGGCGGCCGUUGCACCACCUGCGGCAUACGAUUCGACAACCAGUGCUGCAGUAGCAUCCGCUGAAAAGUUGGCUGCAUCUGAACUCCACAAUGCCAAUGAAGAGGAGGAUCAAUUACCAAAGGAACAGAAAGAAUUGCCGACAGAGAUUGGCGAUGAGGACGUUGACUUGCUGGGCAGUGGCAGUAGCGUUGGGACAGCUAGCGGCGGACAUGGCAACACUGUUGAGGAAUGCGAUCCGGAGUUGAUUGGCUUCGAAAUUGUAACGGGCUAUGUUUUCUCUGCUCCCGGAAAAUUAUUGAACUCACUGCCUGGCACAUUAAUGCUAACCGAUUGCUUGGAAGCGUGUCAAACGAAUGAGGCCUGUCGUGCAGUGAACUAUGAGACCGGGUUGUGUGUACUCUUCUCGGCCAAUGCAGAUAAAUUGCCUGGCGCUCUCACCAAAUCGCAAUUCCCUGUCUUCACAAUUUAUGCACAAAAAUCAUGUCUCGGCAUACGGCCGUGCGCACGUGCCUGGUGUGUCGAUCGCGUGCAGAGCUACAAGCUGAAUGGCUAUGCGAAGCGCACGAUACCGGUGAUAUCGCGACGUGAUUGCCUGGAAUUGUGUUUGGGCGAAAACGAAUUCACGUGCAGAUCGGCCAACUACUAUCGCAAUACAAACACUUGUGAGCUCUCGGAAAUGGAUCGCAUUACGCUGGCCGGCACAGGCGCAUUCCAGCCGCACGAUGCUGUCGAUUAUCUGGAGAAUAACUGCGCCGAUGAGCCAAAUAAAUUGUGCGAGUUCAAACGCUUGUCCGGCCGCAUAUUGAAGACGGUGGAUUCGGUGUAUCAGGAUGUUGGCAGCAUUGAUGAGUGUCGUGAUUUAUGUUUGAAUUCGCCGUACAGAUGCCACUCCUACGACUAUGGUGACACCGGCGACAUGGUUUGCCGCCUUUCGCAUCACAGCCGCGCUACUCUCUCCGAUGUUCAAGAUCCUUACCUGGAAGUACCCGAAGCAGCCACUUACGAACUCUCGUCUUGCUACAAUGUGACGAUCGAAUGCGGCGCUGGCGAUAUGAUUGCACGCAUACGUACCUCAAAACUCUUUGACGGCAAAGUUUACGCUAAGGGUUCACCCAAAUCGUGCGCUGUCGAUGUAAAGAACUCGCUAGACUUUGAACUGCGCAUGGGGUAUCAGGAUCUUGAAUGUAAUGUACGUCAAAGCGGCUCUGGACGUUACAUGAACGAUGUAGUGAUACAACAUCAUGAUACCAUUGUCACCUCCUCAGAUUUGGGUUUGGCUGUCACUUGUCAAUAUGACUUAACUAACAAAUCGGUAUCGAAUGAAGUUGAUCUUGGCGUGAAGGGUGACAUUGAACCAGCUCUUAGUGAGGAGGUAAUUGUCGAUUCACCGAAUGUGAUUAUGAAGAUCACCUCACGCGAUGGUUCCGAUGUGAUGCGCUCGGCUGAAGUUGGUGAUCCGUUGGCGCUCAAAUUCGAAAUACUUGAUGAACACAGUCCCUACGAGAUAUUUGUACGCGAAUUGGUUGCUAUGGAUGGUAGUGAUAAUGCAGAAAUUACGCUCAUCGAUUCGAAUGGUUGUCCUACGGACCACUUCAUCAUGGGACCGAUCUACAAGAGCUCCUUAUCUGGUAAAAUUCUACUCUCACACUUUGAUGCAUUCAAAUUCCCCUCAUCAGAAGUUGUACAGUUCCGUGCACUCGUCACGCCCUGUAUGCCAACAUGCGAGCCGGUGCAAUGCGAUCAAGAAGAUAUCGGUGGUGAAUUCAAGUCAUUGAUUUCAUAUGGACGCAGGAGGCGUUCACUGAAUGUGACAGAAACUUUUGCCGGCACUGUGCAGAGCAGCCACGUGCAACAACAACAACAGGUGGAGCAACAACAGCGCCUGCAUAGUAAACAACAGCAAUUGCGCCUGCGCACCAGACGUGAGACAGCCGCCUCGACGAGCAGCAAACCUAGUCAAGAGGAUAUGCUUUUGGUACAAUCAAUUCAGAUCACUGACAAAUUUGGCUUCGAUAAGCAACAGCAACAACAACAGCCCAAGUCAACAGCGUACGAUGGCAAUGAGAUGAUUUUCAUUAACGGCGAAGCAGGACAAGGAUACUGUGUUAAUGCGAUCGGGCUCAUUGUGGCUGUCACAGUAUUCCUGCUAGCACAACUGGCCGUUAUUGCCAUCUGGACUUAUCUGCAUCAACGACGCCGAAAGCAACAACCCUACAGCAACGAUGUGCUCAGCAGCGGCUCCAGUUAUGGCUCACACAAUGGCAGUUCGGUAAAUGGCUCGACAAUGGUGACCAGUGUGCCAAAUGCGCGAUCCGAAUCGUUGUGCAAACUAUAUGACACUGGUUUCGCUGGACGGCAUGGACGUCAAUUUUAGAAGCGAG